AUGCCAAACCUGCAAGGCAGAAUCGCCUUCGUGACGGGUGGGAACGCAGGCAUCGGCUACCAUACCGUGGUCUUCCUUGCCAAGGCAGGCGCCAAAGUGUACUUUGGAGCUCGGUCAAUCUCGAGAGCCGAGGCGGCCUGCGAGAGGAUGUAUCGAGAGAACCCCAGCUUGCGGCGUGGGCAGGUCAACUGGUUGCAGGUGGACAUGGCCGCCAUGAAGAGCGUCCUUGCCGCCUGCGAUGAGCUCCGCGCCGCCGAGUCGAAGCUGCACCUCCUGAUUCACAACGCCGCUCAUGAAGGGACAGAGCCAUCCAAGAUGGCAGACUCGGGGAUCCAGAUCACAAUGCAGACCAAUUAUUUGGCCGUUUUCGCCAUGACACAAGAACUUCAGCCAAUGCUCAGAGCGGCUGCUUCCGAGAAGGGAUCCGAUGUUCGCAUCAUCAACGUGACCUCCAACGCGCCAUCUUUAACGCACUCGGAGCAUUGGCGACCCGACUUUUCCGACCCUCAUGGCGGGGACAUUUUGUAUCCCGCCGGCCGGGCCGACGGCUUCAUGGCUGCCAUGCGGAGAUACAGUGUGUCCAAGAUAGCCAUGAACCUGCUGACCUCGGAACUGCAGUCCCGCUACGACCGAGAGGGUGUGCCUAUAAUGGUCAUGUCCGUCUGUCCCGGGGCCGUAUGGACGCCAGGAACCAAACGUGCCGUACCCUGGUACCUCCUGCCGCUCUCCUACUUCAGUAGCUACAGUGAGGUUGAAGGUCCCAGGCCGGUGCUGUUUGCCGCGGUGUCUGACGAAGUUCGCCUGCAGAGGAUGUAUUUCAAGGGGCAAUUCAUCAGUAGAACCCACCUAGUGAUCAAGGGCCACCCCGUCACUUAUGAUGCUGUAGCAGGUCAGCAGCUGUGGUCCGCUUCUGAGGCGUUGGUUGACGAAUUCAAACGGAAAAAAGACCGAUGA